GUGAUGAAGUCCAUAAAUAAGCGGACCCGAGCCGUUCUGGGCAGAGAUGCUGUUCCUAUGUGCUGUUUCCUGUAGAGAGCAGUAAUGCUUUCAUAGCUGCGCAGCAGCUCUCUACUGUACUCUUCAGAGCGGCGGAGGGAGGAGCGACGCUGGCGCUGCCUCUCGCUGCUUCCUCCCUUCUGUCGCUGGAGCUCACUAACGCUACUGGAAGCAACCAAAGAGGAAACUAACGAGCCUUUUUCACCCUGAAGCGUCGCGGGAAGGCGGGAGAGCUGCUGUUUAUAGUCGGUACGAGGCUGAGGACCAGACCUGGACAGCGGGGAGUCGGAGCCGUCCAGCGCUGCUUGCCGUUACACACUUUCUGCAGCCGCCGGAGGAACCCCGGCGGACUUUUUCUCCCGCUUCGUUUCCGCCUCAUGACCAGAUUUCCAGGCCGAAUCGGUGUCCGAACCGGCGCGGAGAGCCGCUUAACGGUGAGUGCUGUUCGGGCUUCGACACGUCGGACGCUCGCAGCGUGGGUUUAGCUCCAGAAACCCGGACGUGUGUGACAGAUCCGAGCAGGACACCACGCCACAGUAGAGCUGCUGGUGCUUCACUCUGCAGGUUCUGGAGUUCUGCGUGGAGCGAAAACGCCUGGAUGCUGCGUGCAGCUUCUAGGGCCCGAACUUGGACUGCAGUUCUCAGGCGCGCGCAUGGUCCAGUCACGCACGUGCACACAUAGCCCUCUGAGGCGGAAUGAAAUCUGGGAUCGAAUGUAAAUAACAACCCUGAGGUGACGACAGCUGGCCACCAAGGUAAGAGGAGUUUGCGUCCCUCUGUGCAACAAAACAGCGCCUCGGUGUUCGUGUUUCUACUCAUAAAUCAGCGUGGGAUGUUUGAGUUGCUGUGACACAUUCACGACAUAACAAAGGAGGCUGAUGAAGAGGACUGAGACGAGCCACGCAGCACGGCUCUGGAGCGGACGCAUUAACCACGCACGGGCGCUUGCUGUAACAUCGGUUGGAUUCUGUCCCUUCUGUCAUCCCGCUGACGUCCACCUCCCACCCUGGCCGCAGGGCUGACAGACCGCCCUACCCCACCUCACUUGGAGACACCAGCACCUACAGCAUCUGAAUGCUCCACCUAUAGGUCCAUCAUAAGGAUCUCACAGGGGUUCCACCCCUCCCACCUCACCGUAACCGCCCAGGAGUCCCGGGGGCUCCGCCAUAUUUCGCUGACUGACCCCUCCCAACCAGCGAAUGUCAAGUGUGCUUCUGAGGGCGGGGCUUGCCUCAGUCUCUCCUGAUUGGCUGCUGGAUGGAAUUGAGGUGAAUGGAACACAUGCCCAAGGAGCAGGACUCUAACCCAUCAGAGGGAGAAGAGAAACAGUGGCUCGAUGGCCCAAAAAGGAAGAGGAAGAAUAGCCAAUGUUCGAUGAAGAAUAUGACUGGGUACAUCCCCAGCUACCUCGAAAAGGAUGAGCCAUGUGUGGUCUGUGGUGACAAAGCCACUGGUUACCACUACCGCUGCAUUACCUGCGAGGGCUGCAAGGGUUUCUUUCGUAGGACCAUUCAGAAGAACCUCCACCCCUCCUACUCGUGUAAGUACGAUGGCUGCUGCAUCAUCGACAAGAUCACCCGCAACCAGUGCCAGCUGUGCCGCUUUAAGAAGUGCAUCGCCGUGGGCAUGGCCAUGGACUUGGUGCUGGACGACUCAAAGCGGGUGGCUAAGCGGAGACUGAUCGAGGAGAACAGAGAGAAACGCAAAAAGGAGGAAAUGGUGAAAACCCUUCAGAGCCGUCCGGAACCAACUGUGGACGAGUGGGACCUGAUUCACCAUGUGACGGAGGCCCAUCGGCACACCAACGCUCAGGGUGCACAGUGGAAACAGAAACGCAAAUUCCUGCCAGACAAAAUCGGCCAGUCUCCGGUCACUCCCACGUCAGACAGGGACAAGGUAGACCUGGAGGCCUUCAGCGAGUUCACAAAGAUCAUCACCCCUGCCAUCACCCGUGUCGUCGACUUUGCCAAAAAACUGCCCAUGUUCUCUGAGCUGCCUUGUGAAGACCAGAUCAUCCUGUUAAAGGGCUGCUGCAUGGAGAUCAUGUCUCUGCGAGCCGCCAUCCGCUAUGACCCCGAGAGCGAGACGUUGACGCUGAGUGGAGAGAUGGCCGUGAAGCGAGAGCAGCUGAAGAACGGAGGGCUGGGCAUCGUGUCUGACGCCAUUUUUGAUUUAGGCAAAAGUCUGGCACAGUUCAACCUGGAUGACACGGAGGUGGCGCUGCUGCAGGCCGUUCUUCUCAUGAGCUCUGACCGUUCAGGACUCACCUGUAUGGACAAGAUUGAAAAGUGCCAGGAGACCUACCUGCUGGCGUUUGAGCACUACAUCAACUACCGCAAGCACAACAUUCCCCACUUCUGGCCCAAGCUCCUGAUGAAGGUGACAGACCUGCGGAUGAUCGGGGCGUGCCACGCCAGCCGCUUCCUCCACAUGAAGAUGGAGUGUCCCAACGAACUCUUCCCCCCGCUCUUCCUCGAGGUCUUCGAGGACCAGGAGGUGUGAAAUGCAGAUCUCAUACUGCGUUUUGGGAAGUCAAUAGGAGAUGGGCUAGGUGAUGGAGAUGGAGGAAGAGUCUCAUUGGCAGGAAUCUGUGCUCACAGUUUGUUGUUUCAAAACUGGAAAAAGUGAAAGAACACACCAGCAACAGGAGAGUGAAACAAAUGGGAGGAGUACCUCUCCUCCACCUCUUUUUCCUCUUUACUCCUGUUUAUCCGUGUGGGGGCCCUUCUGUCUAAUCAUGAUGUCUUAUCCAGUAAGAGUUGUAGCCCUUUGCCAAGACACACACACACGCACACACACACACACACGCACACACACACACACACACACACACACACACAGCUUGUUUCACCUCAGUUCUUCAGGGCAGCGCUCUCCGGAGAGGACAUUUUUCUCUCUUUGUUUUUGUUUUUGUUUUUGUUUUUUGUUUUUUGCUGUGGUCACUCGUGUUUUUGAAGCCCAUGAUUCCAGUGUCAAUGCUGGCCUGCAACUCUCAGUAUUAUUUCUGAAUAAGUGUUAAAGCUGUCAUUCAGAAAAUCUGGACAACAACACAUAACUCCUCACGGUCCUGCAGGCAAUCAGCAAACACUGCAACGCUGAAGUAUCAGCAGACGCAUUUCUCUGGUGUGAGAUGGCUGAAAUGAAGCAAAGCUACCAGUUUUCAAUGACCCUACUCAAUCUGAGCCGUUACUGCUGUUGUUUUUGUGUUUUUGGAGCUGCUGCUUCUCUCAGAUCCCACUGAAACAGGUGCUAUAUUUAUGAAAAAAUAACAAGGCUACUCCAGUUUGGUGUCAUUGUGCUGUCUGCCUUUAAAACACACGCAGACCUUGGCUUCAAAUCUACCUUUGUCACUGGACCGGCUCCUGUGACAUACGACACACACACACGCAUACACACAUACAUGCAUGCACACACACACACACACGCAUACACACAUGCAAACGUACAACUUCACCUCAGAGUAACAUGAAUGCCUCAUUUUACUGUUCUCACUGCACGUCAGUGUUUUGUUGCUGGCCCUAACCUGCCGGGUUUUUCUACAGAGUCCCCUUCUCCUGGACUCAGCUCGUGUGGCCCCUCCAGGCAUCCAUACACACUUGCCUUUUGUUAGUUUUGUUAUUUUUUAAAACCAUGGGUGUCACUGAGAGUGGGCAGAAAUGCCCAGAAGGCUACCAUUUACCUCAAAAUGGACACACCCCAGUGAUGGGGCAGACGUUGCUGCCCCACAGUGUCAGGCACUACCUCACUUCUCUGCCUUUAGCCAGACAUACACCAGUCUAGACACACAUGUUCAUAGUUUUUUUUUUGUUUGUUUGUUUUUGUCAGAAAACACUCAAACACACACACUUGGUUCAGAUGAAUUAAAGACAGGAGGGCCAACCAUCACCCCUGCAAGGUUUCCCCACCUCCAGGGAAUGGUACCCAUCACAUCUGGGUUUGUCUCGUUUUCUGUUCUUUGGGACCAAGUGUCAUCCUUUUGGACAUGUUGCUCUACCCGUUUCUGUCAAAUAAAGCAGAGGCAGACUCUCAGCUGCUGCAGAGGACAGGCUGGACCCCGUCUCAGGAGGGUGGACAGGACUGAAAAGCAGCAGUGGCUUCACCCCCGAAACAGAAAGCAUAGAAAGGUGUUGGCAUCAAUGUUCCAGGUAUGGUCGCCACUGAGCGUUGGACAGCAGCAGAUGGAUUUCUCUCAGUUCUUUUAUUUUUUAUUUCCUCACCACUAUGACCGCAAUCUCACCUGUCAGUCAUCCGUGGCAGAUAUCAAAGCUACGAAACCAGGAUUUGUUCACCGAGCCCACUCUGUUCAUUCCAGUUCUGGGGCCAAGCCAAAUCUAAAUGGGUUUACCACUCAGACGAUAACAUGGCCACUUUUACAGGAUGAUUACAGCCAUCGGAGAAACAAUCAAGUCAUGAAGAAAGGAGGAAGCAAUCCCCUCCCUGAAGCACAUCAUCACCCUCCUGCUUUCCGCAUCACCCUCCCUGGAGCGUAGCUCAAACCACCAUCGCAGCCUCACUCAGCCAGGCUGGUGGGACUUUUUGCACUACUGCAGCGGUCCUCCCUUUAACCCCUCAAUCAUCCAGUCUGGCAUCCCUGUGUAACAGAUCCAGUGGGCUCAGUCCCAAACCUGUCCUGUCAUCAGUAUUAGACCAACAGUAAAGGAGGGUGGGAGGAGAUCCCUGCUCAGGAGGGCCUUUUAGCACUUACCCCUUCUUGAAUCAUCCCGUCAACCGCCCGGUAGCGUAGUCGGUCCACAUUUCAAACCUUAGCUUUUCCCUCUCCUCCAGACCUCUAGCUGUCACUCACCUCUGAGUAGUUUGCCACCAGUUUGGCUGAGAAUCGCUGACACCAAACAGGAUCCGGGCCUCUCCCUUGUGAGACAAGGCUGGCCAUAGCUGCCGUCGGAGCAGCACCACCGAUUGAAUGUGAACGGCAAAAGCAGUCGCUGCAAGAAAGAAUGAGAAUGUGAGGAGAAGAUAAAAGCUGUGGGCCUCAACCCUCACUGCCAUCAUCGACAUGGAUGUUUGUAGAGACACGAAUGGGAAAAUGUUGGGAUCCCCCCCCCCCCCCUACGGCCUCACAUUAACCUCUGCUCCCAAACUUUUCCCUCUCAGCUCCUACUUUUACUCCCGUGAGGGUCAGAAAGGAGAUCCCACAUUCCAGAGGUGCAGGAUUGAAUCACGUCUUUGUAAAAGAACAGGAGGAAGAUUGGACGUCCCUCGUUGAGCUGACUGGGUAUGUGUGUUGACUGAGGGGGUUAAAAUGCUGCUUUACCUUACGAGAAAAAAUAGAAACAAAUGAAAAGAAAAGACUUUUUAAAAAAGAGACUCCAAAAGAAAAUGAUCGGAGGUGUUUCUCCCCCUCGUUGUUAACUUCUAUUUCUGUUUGUAUUUUGACGCUUUAACUGCUCUGUGUAAAAGAGAGAGAGAAAACAAACGGCUGUAGUCACUUUUUUGACCAUGCGUGCAGUGUAACAUAGAAACUGUUUCACUUCUUUUUACACGUCUGUCUCUUUUGUGUUCAUAACCCCUUUGUGUGUGUGUGUGUCCAGUUUCCGUCCCCCUUUUUAUCAGCAGGAUCUCGCAAACCAACAAAACGGGAAUUUCUUUUUUAUACUUAUAUAUAUAUUUCUCUCUCUCUUCUUUUUUUUAAAUGAAAAACAACUUUGGAGAAAGAAAAAAAAUGCAACCUUAAACUGAAACAGACAAAAAAAAUUUAACUGAAACACAAUCUUGUCAUUACCUCACACAACACAAAACUCAGACAAACUUGGGAGGAGUUUUGCCGGCACAUGGAAGAGUGCAUAGAUGAAUAUAAAAGGUAAAAAAAAAAAUUUAAUGUGCUUGUGUGAACAGAUCAGAGUAAGUUACUAAAGGACUCUUCCCUCAACCCUUGGUGCCUUUUUACUGAUUUGGUGGAAGGUGAAACUUUAACAUGAAAAUGAUUCAGCUUUGGUCCCUAUGUAAAGGGAUUUGUGGACAUUUUUAGGUGUUUCUAUGUGUACAAGUUAAAUUGAAGGGAUUACAAAAGCCCCUCCUGACUGCUGAUACUUAUAAGCAAACACAUAAUACCCUGUAAAGGUUUAUAAAGUCAUGCCUGCAUCAACUGUUGUGAAAUUCAGUAGAUUGGAUCAAUUGUUUAGGUCUUGGCUUCACUCAGACCAGCAAUUAGCUCAUCAGGCCUGCAAGCCAGUCACAAUCAGGUUGAUUCUGGAAGGUAUUUACAACAGUACAUCGGUGAAAUAGAGACUGUUUAUAGCUUUGACACAGAAAAACACUUGAAACUGUCUGAAAUACCCGUUUUAAGGUGCAGUCUGUAACUGUGAAUGGCUCAGAGACUGGGGGAUCUGUCCUUCUGUAACGGCUGAUUGUUUUAUGGAGCUGAAUGUAGCUGACAGAGGGGGCGCUGGACCUGAACCGGCUCCCACAACCUAACUUCCACACACCAGCAGAAGGAGUAGUGGUGUCACCCAGUCGUUAUAGAAAGUUAAAAACAAAAGAAGAAAUAAAAAUAAAAAAAUAUAAUAAAUAAAAAAACUGAGAAUAUAUAUUGCCCAUUUGCAAGGUGCAAUACUAUGCUAUGUACUUUUGUAUGUUUUCUGUUCUGAUUUUGUUUUUCUUUUAUGUAUUUUGGGCCAUAACUAAGGAUGUAAAUACAAACAUAAAACACUCAAGAAUCAUUGUAAAGAAAAAGUAAACAUAGCUCCAUCCCAUUGUCAUGUCUGUGGAGAAGCAGAGAAAUGUGUAAGUGCUCGUUACAAGUUCUAUGUGUGUGUGUGUGUGUGUGCACGCUCCCACAUGUGCAUGCAGGUCCAUAUUCAAAAAGUGCCCCUUGACAUUAAUCACAACCCUUGUGCCUCCUCUUGUUUGCAAAGAGAUACAAGCCAGCCCUUCACAGUGUUACCCCAGUAUGAAAUGCUGCACACCAGUGGCUCUGGAUCUGCUGGUGUGCGCGCCAAUGGAGUCAGCAGCAGUCCUCGAAGCGUAACGCUGUGAGUGUUUGCAGGAGAGGAGAUCAGUGGAGUUCAGAGAAAUGAACCCUGCUGCUAAAUGUUCGCAUCACAAAGUAGAUCUGCACGCUUGUCCAAAGCUCCAGUGGCUCCCUGAAACCAGUCUGGAAGUCCUGCAGGGUUGGAGACAAAACAGUUUGACCUGUUACACUCAUUAAAUUUCUGACUUGUUUUUUUUUUCUAUGUAACCUAGCAGAUUUUUUUUAUUAGAUAACUAAUCUGCUCAAGUGGCAUGAAGUGUACAUGAGGUUUAAUUUUUGUGACCUUUAGUUUCCGUCUGUUCCAAAUUCAAUUAGAGCACCUUUUAAGGCAAACCGAGCCUUUCUGCUUAGCUUCGGAGCUCAUUCCCUCACAUAAUCUGGUUCGUUCGCCCACGUCUGUGCUUUGGACAAGAGUGUAGAUUGUCUAUAAUGUCUUUUGUUUUUAUGUUCCCCUUCCAAACCAAAUGUAGAGUUUAUUGAGGCAUGCAAAUAGAAAGUUGUCUAUGCAAUCUCCUCUCCAAAUCCCUCCAUACGACAGGCUUGUCGUAACAACAAUGAGCCAGCCUCACUUAUGAAAUCAAAUUCAGCCUGGCUUGAAUUCCAGAGGCUCUUUGCGUGACCCAAACACUCUUGCUACUUUACAUGGGCAAACACCCGGACUUCCCAGUGAAGCUGGCCUCGAACCCUGCUGUUUGGCUGGUCCUGAGGUGCAGAAACCCCUCACUGCAGUCUGGGUCCCAGACAAGUAGGAGGGUGACUUUGGAUGUGGUGGAGAACAUGGAUUUUAUGAGAUGUGAUGUUUGUUUUUUUUGUAAAAUGCUCCGUGAGUGUUGCGUGUGUGUGUGCAUGUGUGUCACAGUUUGGGUUCUGCUUAUGUUUGCGUCAUGUGAUGCUCUCAUUGUUGGAUGCUUUUAGAGUUUCAGACUUACAAAUUAAAUCCAGCAGCUAAAUUUAGACCUUCGGGAAUAUCAGUGUGACACCUUAAAUACUCGCCCUGUGACCAAGUUGGUGUACCAUUAGUUUGAUGGGUUGCACUCUAGUUUAAGUUGACCAAAAACAGGAUUCUGCUUUACGUUCUAAAUCUGAUUUUGAAUUAGGUACACAAACAAAUGGCAUCAUGCCCUGCUGACCUUCUGCUUACAUCAGCACUUAACUGAAAGCACUUUGAAAGGCCCAAACUCUUUAUAAAGGGGGAAAUAUCCUUAAAAAUGUACAUAUUUAUCAAUUGAAUGUUUAUUUAAAUUAGUUUACCCCAAAAGUUAAAACAGCCUUUAGGCUAAAUGUUUUUUUUAAUAGUUUACAGUAAUUUUAACAAAGUGCAAUAACUGAGUGAGUUUUAUAUAUUUUCUGUCUAAUCUGAACUUUCAGAGAAAAUGUUGCACCAUUCCAUGAGAGCAUCAGCAUAACCCUGUGAACACACACACGUGCACACACACAAACACUAAAGACCUUUUGUGACUGGGUAAAGGAUGCUAUUGAAGGAUUCUCUCAGGUAAAAGAACAUUUUCUAAAUAAAUGAUGAACGUUAGAUCGAAAA